AAUUGCUUGUUCAUAAAAUCGAAUAUUUCCUAUUUCAUGAAAAAAAAGUAAACUGCCGUGGUCACAGGUCACAGUUUACCCGCGCUACUAGCGGUAUCCGAGAACUGCUGGGUAAACAAUUAGACCUACCUACUACAACUGCAAGCAGACUACAACAAAAGUAGGUAGACUCAGAGGAGCUCGUAACCCUACUUAAAGCGUCGGAGAAACAUGGAAUGACCACAUACAAAGUUUAAAGUUUAUCUAGUAAACUGAUAUCUUAUAAACUAACAGAGGAAGCAGUACAAUGGAUUUCAAUCUACAGGAAGUUUUGGAUGAAAUAUCCAGUGUGAAUUUCAUGUUAGAUGAGUUUCACCGGUAUAAUAUUAUAACAUCUAACUCGUCACCUGACAGUUACGAUCGAAUGUCGAGCGCAUCAUUGGAAGGAUGUGAUCUAUCAAGUGACGAGCAAUACGUCACAUUAACACCCGUGCAGAGCCCCAUAGUCAUUGAUGGUGCAGUUUCUGAGAUACCAGACAGCAAUGUUUACCAAAUUCUGGUAGCGCCCAACUGGCAGGAAAUCGGAAGCCAGAAUGCAGGAAGUUACACUACGUUAGCAUCAGUGGAAUCAUGCGGACAGGAUUACAACUCAGCGUACAACCAAAUAUAUGAUCCUGUUAAACGAGAACCGAAUAUCGUCGAAUACUUUUCAACAUUUGUAGAAAGCCCUUCCGCGGUGUGCGAUGAGAAUCAGAAACCUGUUGAUGGUUAUGUAACCUAUUCAAUUGCUUCACCAGUCGAAGAAACUCCAACAGUUUCGUCCCAAAACCUAACAAUUUCGGAGAGCACCGACGAACAAUCCAUUGAAGUACCUCAAAAUAAACUACACCGUAUGCCACGUAGGAUAAAUCGCUUCACAUACGACACCAAACUGUAUUGUAAGUUGUGCGAGAAGGAAUUCGGCCGCAAAGCAAGCCUUCAACUACAUAACGUCAUUUACCAUGCCAGUGCUCGACCAUUUCGAUGUGAAACCUGUGGCAAGUAUUUCGUGACCGAGGCGCAGCUAGCAAAACAUAAGUUGAACCACGACCCAAAGAACAAGAAAUUUUCUUGCUCCCAAUGCGAGAAGUCUUACGUUCAUGAGAAGGACCGCGACCGACACUUUACGGCCCAUCAUGGAACGCCAGCUCAUCAGUGUAAAUAUUGUCGUAAACGUUUCACCCGCCGAGAUCAUAUGUUGGCUCACGAGCAGGCACAUGAAGACCAAGGUUCAGUGGAGUUGCAUCGGGGUCGCCGUCGUCGGAAGAUGCCUGGUGGUAAUGGAAAACUGAUGGCAGCAUAUGAAAUUCAAAAUUAG